UAAUAUCUUGGAGUAGCGUUUUCUAACGGUUUCCGCGUCCCGAAAACAUCCCAUAUAACGGUCCCAAAAAAAAACGAGGAACCCAACGUAAAAAAACACAUGCGCCACAAAAUACAUAAUUAUUCUAACAAACUCCAGGCUCUCCGAUGGCGCUCUCAAAAGAAAAUGUGAAGCAUCGGUAUCGAGUUUCGUUGAAGCCCUAGAAAACCAAACAGAAGAAACAAUCUUCAGAAGCUGCAUUCGUUUUGGCUAUGGAUAAAAGCUCUUUGAUCUCAACAUUUGCGGAAGCAGAUACUUCGGGAUGGUCUCUGCAGGCCGAUGUCCAGGUUCUAAAAUGGCUGGAAGAUUUUUCAGAAAGGUUAAAGAGAAAAGCAAGUAACGUGACUGAGAAUGUACACAAACUGUUGGAGCUGACUGGAGAUGUUGAACAGGAUUUCUACAAUACCUUUAAUUCUUUUAGGGCACUUUCAAAUACUCAGUACAUUGAAAAUCGUGUAUAUGAAGAUGAUGAUAUAGGGGAUCCAAAUUUAGAUUUCAGUGUACAAUUUUCAGAAGCAUCUUUGCCUGCACAAGGUUAUGAAGAGGAUAUAGUACCCAGAUACAAAGAAGCAUUAGUUACAGGCUGGAAUGCAUACAGGCAGUACAUUAAGAAGACUUCCAGAAAUACUUCGGAAGCCAUUCCACAUAAGGUUGGAUGGAAUGAUGGAAACCUUCCUCACAUCAUUGGAACAGAAGAAUUUAUGCGUGACAACAGUUGUGGUCUAACAGAUGAUAGGAAUUUGGGGAUGGAUCCUCUUGAUUUCAACAGUGAUCCAGAGAGGGAAGGAAUACAUUUGGAAUCAGAAAUGGCUGGAAGUAGAACACUUUUAGAGGCUAAUUGGCCUGGUACAGAUUCGGAUAAGGAUGAUCAGGUUGGAGUGGAGCCUGCUGUUUCUGCUGCCCUUGAUUUCAAAGCAAUGCUUGAGGCAGCCCUUCGGAGUCCUUACAUACCUUAUAAUGAUGGUGUUUCAAAUUUGAAUGGUACUUCUAGUUACAUUGGCAACAUUGGUGAUAGCUUCAUUGCUACAGAGGUUGUUGCCAUUGACAGUCUCAGGAAUGGAUCUCCAAAUGCUCCUAGGAAGAAUUCAGAUGUUCCAAGUGCCCUGAGAGCAGUGGAAAAGAUUCCUGAGGAUAUUCAGACUGACAAUAUCAUUACUAUUGCAUCAUCAUCCAUUGGAACUUUUAUUGGAGAUUUGUUUGCCAAACCUACUGUUAUUGGUCAGGAACUUCCAGCAGCUGCCUUUCAAAGAAACAUAUCGAGCAAAUUUCCAGGUGCUACGGACAGGCUUGGUCAAGAUGGUGGAGAUGAGAUAGUCACCUCUAGUCAAAAUAAAUAUUUUCAAUCAAUGUCACAACCUGUUGAUAUUCAUCAGACUGACGAAUUUGCUAAGUCAAAUCAAAAGCCACAAUUGAGAGUUUCAUCACAGUCUGAACAAGCAAACACAUCUACUUUAGUUAAAAUUGAUACACUUGAACCUGAAUCAAGUUCAAUAAGCAAAAUAGUAAAUGCAGCAGUUAUUUCAGGACUCUCAUUUGUUAAUGAGGAAGAGUGCAGCUCUUCUCUUACACAAGAAUCUGCUAAUUUAUCAUCAACACCAACUGCAAAUCUACAAACUUCCAUGCAUAAGGAUGAUAAUGAGAAAAUAGUCUACAAAAGUACAAGCAGAGAUGGAGAAAGAGGUAUAAUAAAUUACAAACCUCAUAAUGAUUUCUCUGGUUCAAGCAGUUUCAGCAAGCAUCUUCAGGAAACAUUAUUUUCUGGAGGUCUUUUUGAUGAUGAAGAUGAGCCGGUCUUCUCUAAUCCAGUUGAAUCUGUUAAUGUCUGGUCACAACCUUCUGUACCAGAUAGACUAUUUGUCACUCUUUCAGAAUCAAAGAAAGAUGAUGGUUUGCCAUCUUCAAACAUGGGUACAAGUUGUAAUCAAAUUGAACAUACCCUGCCAGAUGAAAUGAUCCCAACUAGUAUUCAAGUCUCUGCAGAAGAUAAAGUUCAAUUUUCAGCAGUAGAAAAUUCUGAACAAACAUUGUAUACAAAUGAUUACGUUGACAAACCAAAUCAUGGUAAUUCUUCUUUAAAGGAAAGUCUCUCACUAUUUCAAAAAGGGCUAUUUGAUGAUGGAGAUAGCGAUGAAGGUGAUGAGUCUGGUGAUCUUUUCAGGGCACAUUCCUCUUCAGGAGGAGAAAAGUAUAGGGUGCAUGAUGCUAAAAUAUUAUUGAAUAUUCCAAAUGAGAUGUGUGCAAGUUUACCUGAGCAAGAUAAGGAUGAUAAGGUACACAAGUUUGACAUAGAAUCUUUUAGAAGAACUGAAAUUGCUUCACCUGCAAUUCAAAUUAUUUCAAGUUCUUCAACCAGAAUACAAAAUCCAGUAAAUGAAAAUGAAAUGCCUGAUCCAGAUAAGAAUGAAGAAAUUGGUGUACCUGUUAAUUUGACAGAAUAUACGUUGGAUCCAGAAAAAAAUCCUUUCCCAUCCACUGCAUUACUGCUGCAUAAUCUGGAGCCACAUCCUCCCUUUAUUCCUGCAAUUUUACCACAAAAUCACUCGGAUGGUGAUUCAGAUUCCUGGUCGAGCUCUAGUAGUGAGAAAGAUGUCAGACCUAGCAAUAUUAUUAAUAAUAUAGUCAAGUCAACCAGUGACUCUAGCUCUGAAAUAAAAACUGAUAAAUUUGGAAAGGUAGUUGUAGAAGCCAAAGGCUUCUCACAUCCAGCAGGAGGCACUGCUUCUGUGUUACAAGAUGAGAGCUCUGAUUCCUCACUUUUGGACCCUGAUAAUGACAACAACAAUUAUAAACCUCAUUUCAAAGGAGAUACUGUGCAAAAGGGCACCUCUCUUCCCUUCAGGCCAGCAGAAUUUGAAAACAGGCUGAAAGCGACAACACCUACAAGCCUAUCAAAUUCAUUAUUUGAGGAAAAGGCAUCACAUGCAAAUUGGAGUGAAGUGAGAAAACCUAGAGUAGAUUAUCAAGCAACAGAAGUGAAAAUUGUUGGUUUGGACAUCCCAAAGAGAAUAGACUCUGAGAGUGAUGAACGGCAAUCAGAGAACUUGUGGGAAAGUAAUGAUCCAUUAUGGCAUUCUCCUAAGCAUACACUGGCUGAGCUAAGUGAUCAAAGCAAUGAUGGUAUGACAGUGGCCACAAAAUCUGUAACAGCUUCAGAAGGUGCUACCGGAUAUUCUACUAAUAAAGAGGUUCUGAAUAGCUUGCCAUCUACUUCCGUGAGUAACAAAAGUCUUGAAAGUGACAUACCAUCCGGCUCUUCUGACAAAGAAACAAAAGGUAAGUUUAGUACUACUGUUUUAUCUCAGCCAUUGGGGUUGGCUGAUUCUCCGUUAUCAUCUCCACUGAAAGAAACAAAAGUCUCAUCCAGGCAUUUUCUGCUUUUUGGUGACGAUGAUGAAGAGUUGGAAGCAAGCCUUUUUGGACCUCUUCCAAAAGCAAAUUCAAAAGCCACAUCCCUGGGUAAAAUUCCAGGAAGGCGGCCUUCAUUGUUUGACAGUGAUGAGGAUUAAAAUUCCAUGUAAAUCUACUAUUAGCAAUUUUUUGCUAGUAAGUUAUUCAUUAUUAUGCUGGGUGAUCAUUUCAUCCACAUGCUUGUUUCUAUAAAUGAAUAUUACUGAAGUAAUGAAAAAAGAUUGCUGUUGGUUGGGUAUUACAAUGAGAAUAUGGUAUGUACCUCCUACCUUGUCAACUACCAGAUCACAUAUCUGGCUUUCUGGGUUUUUCUUUAUUUAUGGAUCUGAAAUUAAUGCAGAUAACAAAUUAUGUA